AGACAGCACAAUCUCUGUUGUAAAAGGUCAGCUAUACCUUUCCUCCUGGGUCUGACCAAGUUCCCUCUCCACAGCUGGGUCAGCUUUACUUCAAAGGGAGGAGGACUUUGCUGCCCAUGCACAGGUGUCUGGGGACAGAUGGAGGCUGUGGGUUACUCACUAUGCAGGAUCUGGCUGCUUUUCUUGCUGUUCUGGCUGGGACAAGGGAGGCAGGUGGCUCCCCCAGGUUUUGUAGAGAGCAGUUGCCAUUCCAGGAUUUUUUGGAUGAAACUGAAUAAACUCUUGCUCCAGGGAAAGUUCUUCCAGCUGGAAAUCAAUGAUCCUUAUGCUGGCCCCAUUCUGCUGGAUGAGAAACUAGCAUCUCGCUGUGGCUAUGUCCUGUCAGAAGACGUGUGGGGCAACCCCGUCUUCCGCGCGUCGGUGCUUGGCUGUCAUGUGGCCAAUGAGGCAGAUGAGCUGUUUUCACUGACUGUGAACAUCAAGAUCUCCUCAUUUUCAAGCAUGAGGGCAGCUGUGACCUACACCUACCCUAUGUACUGCUCCUACUCUUCCUGGGCUUCAAGAGAAAUUGUAUGUGAAGAAAACUACAUGGAGGUGUCAGUAAAGACUGAUGUCCCUGCAGUUUCAAAUGACUACACCGUAGCAUGGAUGUCAGCACUGCCAGAGACUCAAAAUGUUGCAUACCAGCUAUGGCAACUGAUGUUUGUUUCUCCAUCAGGGAGAAAAAGAAUAACAGUAAGCGAUGCAGCAAAACUGGGCUACAGCUUCAAUAAUACGCUGUCCCGAGUGUACCUCCGUGCGCCCUAUCACAGCAACGAGUCUCACAUCAGCGUGGUCAGUGGUGUAAAUAUGAACAUGGUCACUUCUACUUCCAUGUACAGGCAGCGGUGGCUGCUUUUGCUGAUUGACACAACUGUAUCCUGUCCUGUUGAUGGCAUCAGUUUCACUGAUACUACACUAACAUGGACUGUGCCAAGUGUUAUUCCCACAUUAGUCGUUCAAGAAUCCACCUUUCUGUCUAAAAACAUUUUAAUGGGAGUCGAUGAUCAAGUCAUAGUACACCCGGAGGAGAAGAACUACUUACUGGAGCACAACGAGACACACAUCAGAAUAACUAUCCCUAUUGGAGCAGAAGGAGGCAAGCUAAAGAGCUCCAUAUCUGGUGGUGUAUAUGGAGUCAUCUACAGUAUUGACUUGUUUUUGGAGCACACGUGGACAGAUGCAGAUUGGCAAACCACGAAGUAUACUGUCAUCAAAUCCAUCACCACACCUUUCAUGCCACAAAUACCAACAGUUAUCAACAAUACUCUGCCAGAGGAAAGGCUAUUUAAUGUUGCAUUUGGACACUUUCUUUCCGAUGUCUCUCUGGUGGCAAUCGCAAUAGGAAAUGUGCCAUUUACCCUGAGGGAAGCACAGCACCAGGGGUUUAAGAUUUAUGAAACUCCCUUUUCUAAUAGAACGAAAGGAUUUAUCCUGGAAGUCUCUUUUGAUGAUCCAUAUGUUCUAAAGGAGUAUGUGAAUAGAAAUGAAACAAAAUAUACCCUCCUCAUUAACUACACUAUGAGUGUGGGUCCGGAGGUGACACUCUAUUAUCAUUCGGCAGAGGUGGAAUGUGUGAUUGCUGAUAUCGAACUACCAGAAGCAGUUGGUUAUUGUGAUGAAGAAAACCUGUAUCUAGCCAUCCCUACUUUUGGCUUGCACCAGUAUUGGAACCUGUAUCUUCAUAACAAGCUCCUGAACCGGCACGUUGCGCUUACCAAUGGGUAUCUUGCAGUUACCAAUUCUACACACCUGAUCUUGCAAAUACCUCUGUUCGCUGUGGGAAUUAUCUAUGAGUUUGAAGGUGAUCACAUUAUUUAUGAAAAUGAAAUCUCUUAUGAAAAGGAGACUCUUCCAGGACAGAGCAUACCGACAAUCACAAGAGAUCCAGACUACAGACUAACAGUCUUGUGCUACUAUCGAGCAAAAGAGACCCUAGUGCUAGGUGCCUUCGCUAGUGAUCCGUCCACAUCACCUCCCUUUGGCUCCGGUACGAUGGUACCAAGAUCAAAUAUUGCAGAUGAAUCUUUCGUGGAAUUCUAUGAGCCCAACAUGGCAAUACUCAAGCGACCUGUGGAACCUGUGUUUCUCGAGGUGGAGCUGAAAGACGAGAGCCCCAGCACUGAGUUAUACCUGGAAAACUGCUGGGUAACCAGGUCUCUAGACUUCGACAGCACCCCAAGAUGGAACAUCACUGUGGAUGGGCAAGUAGUUAUUGAAUGA